AUGGCUCCAAUUAAACGAAAGCGUGGAUCAACUGCAGAGUCUGCAAAACCCAAUCUACCGUUAGAUACCUUACUGUUCUUAGUGGGGGACUUAGAGAAUAAUAUUGAUGCCUAUCUUAAUGAAUAUCCAGAUUCAGAGGCUAGUGGUGAUGAAUCAGUUAACAUAGAUGCUAUUGUGCAUGACUUGCCAUUGAAAGAACAUGACAAUAAUGAAGAAUAUAAUAAUGCUACAGGAAGUGAAGAACCUUUGCCUAAAAAACAGAGAGUAAUAUCUGCAGAGAAAGAUUCGAUAUUGGACGUGGCUCCACAUAGUACAGUAUCACAAGAUGAAGAACUUAUAGUUAUUCCUAGAGAUAGGAAUAAUAAUAUCUCUUCAGAGGAGGUUUUACCACAACCAGUGAUGUCUUCUGGUGUACAAGAACAGACUGAUGAGUCUCCUGUUCAAAAAAAUAUAAUAACUGUUACCGCAGAACAAGUGGUGAAUAAGGAAUUCAAAGAUAAUUCGGAGAUAACAACCGCUGCUGUUCAAAAUAAAAGCGAUGACCAAUCUAAUGCGACUAUCGAUAUGGUAUCUGAACCAAAAGUUGACGAAACUAUUGAUAUGAAGCCCGAACCAAUAGCCGACGAAACUACUGCUUCUCAGCCGAUUAUUGAAUCUGUUCCGAUUCUUACCUCUCGAGUUGCCAUGGAACCAACAAAACCAAACGAGGAAAUUCCUAAAGAUGUAUCUGUUAAGGAGAUUAUUCAACAACCAUCAACUAAUGAACUCCCAAAAAACCUGGGCGAAAAUGAACCAGUGGAUAAUACUACAAAUGAAGUCAGUAUCUCUCAACAGAAACCUACUAGAACAAUUCUUUCAUUUAGCACUCAAAAUUAUUUAGAUGAUGAUACUCCUAUUGUUUCAACCUAUAUACAGAGAGAACUUCCUACAAAUAAUGAGAAUUUUUCUUCUAAUACGGUAGAGAAAGACACUUCAAGUAUAGAAAUAAUAAGCAAGAAACCUGUAAUAAGCGACGUUGUGAUACCGAAGGGGCCUGCCAGCCAGACGGGAAUCAAUAAGACUAAUAUUACACAAGUGAAUACGUUGGAUGAAAAGGACCAUGCUGCAUUAGGAGGUGAAAUAACGAUGAAAUUACAUAAAAUCUUCAUUAAAUGGAGAUCAAUAUGGAGCUACAUUAAAGAAAAAUCAUAUUGCGAUUUAUGUCCAAUUGGGUCGGGUUCUACGUUUAUGGGACUGUUCUUUAUAGAAUUCCCUGGUGAAAAAAUUAUACCAGUCUCACUGACACAUUCAGAUUACCUACUGACUUUAGAUUAUGAAGAAGAGUUUUUAGAAUUGGUUAGCAGUUAUCAUUACCAUCCGUUAGACUUUAAAAUAUAUAUUAAAUGGAUUAAAGCAUAUAAAGGGUUAGCAGCAACUGAUCAAGGUGAUACGAUAUUAUUCAAUUCAGGAACAUAUAAUUUCAACCAUAAAACCCGUGUUUAUGAAUUGGUAAGAGUUAGACAUGAUCUGAUUUCAAACUAUAUUGCUGUUUGUCCCAAUUUUGUUAAAUAUGGUCAAUGCUUCAAUAACCAUUGUAAGCUAGACCAUGACGAUCAAGUGAUAGCACUCUGUAGAAGAAAUUAUUCUACUCGAACAUGUGGAGAUACACAAUGUCUAAUGAAUCACAAUUUAAAAUUUAACCCUUACAUUGUUCCCGAUUGUAUGAAAUACUUAACGGGAACUUGCAAACAUAAAUAUGGUUAUGAAAAUUAUCACCGAAAUGGUGAUUCAUGUAUAUACAUUCAUUCAAAGGAAGUGAAUCCAUAUCGUGAGUACCCCUAUCCUGUUUGUAGACAAUUUGCUAUUUUAGGAUUCUGUGCAAGAGGUAUCCAUUGUCUAUUUAAACAUUUAAAAGAUUGUCCAGAUUUCAAGGUUGGUGCACCAUGUCUAAUUCCAAGAUGUAACUACAUACAUAAAGGUAGCCCAUCGGAUCCAACAAUGUCUGGAGCCCUACUUUCAGAUGCAGCAUUCAAAAUUCCGAAAUUAUCACUAAUAUCGUACUCUAUUGAAAAAGAUGAUGACACUUAUUAUGGUGAAAGAUACAGAUCGAUGAAUCAGUUUCAAGAGGAACAAUCUCUAUACAGUAGAAUAUCAUUUGAUCCAGCAGUACAAUAUGGAUCAAACUCAAAUAAUCCAAAAACAAGAAAACUGACUAUCGAAGAACGUAUUGGAAUCCCAUCAAAAAGAGAUAAUUAUCGAUCUGCAACGAAAUCAAGGAAUAAUCUAGACCCCAUGAACCGAGAUUUCAUCUCUCUGUGA